CCCAUGAGCUGGCGGUAGGGCAGGAUCGGAGUCCUAGCUGCACUGCCUGCAGCUGUAGGCUUAGCCAUCUGAUGGUACAACCUGCAGGGGCGCAGUAUUCACGUCGCAGACCUUCAAGAGAAAAGUCCUCCAAGCUGGGCAGUUUGGUGGAGUUUUGCAGCUCUCAAGAAUUCCUUUUUUCAAAAACAGCACUAUUGCUUCUGCACACGGGCUGCCACUGUUACAAAUUGCAGCUGUUGACAGCUCUGAUACACGGAUCCCCUCGUUUGGAAGCAGCCCAUAGCGGGAAGUGCUCUAAACCACUGCCAACAUCUCCAUCGAGGGGACGCCUGCUGAAAUCUUGUUAGUCAAUCCAAAUUAUCGUCCCCCCUUGUUUUUAAAGGUGGUAAGUGAAAUGGCGGCAAUGCCGGGUUCGCCCUCUGGCAUUAACCGUGAGCAGGCAUUUGCCGUUGCGCAGCAGGAGAUGGAAUACAGAGUGGACCUUUUCAACAAGCUUGCAGGAACCUGCUUUGAGAAAUGCAUGGAGAAAAGAUUGAAGGAGGGAGAUCUCAACGUGGGUGAGACCAGCUGCAUAGAUCGGUGUGUCGCAAAGUACUGGCAGGUUACGGGAAUCAUAGGUCAAAUGUUGAGUGCUGGGGGCGGCGGAGUAGCCCCGCGGUAGUCGGUCAGCGAAGUCUUCUGACAUUUCAGGAGAUUGGAGGUUUUGCUUCUAAGCCGUGCAGUAUGACGUGGUUUUCUUCCUGUCCGAGAAACUUUGAUUUUAUCUGGUUGAGCCUUUUUUGAUUCUGUAUACCAUCCUCAAUGUAUUCCUUGCCAUGUGGCAAGUGUAGGUGUCUGUGAUCAAGAAACGAUUACCUGACCGUCUUUCUUUAACGACCAUAUUCGAGCUUGCUCGUAGCUGGCUCAUAGCAUGUAUG